CAGUUGGCGUAGUCGACGAUGAUAGGACACCGCCCCGAUCUCGCGCCAUCGAAUGGAGCGCUUAUCUCCGCGACAAUCCCCCGGAAUCGAGUCUCGGUAAAUGCUAAAAGCGACCAUGAGUCGCGUCAUAGACGAGGUUCCGAAUUGCCAUUCAGUGACUUGUCGGAAGCCUCAUCUUUCAUCAAUGCUACGUCGUUGAAGAACAUGGAGUUUACAACUUGAUUUAACUUUUGCGCUCAGAGAAUAGGGUCCAGGUGGUUGAUCGAGACUUUAGAAACAGCGCCUCUCAAGAUUGCCUACUCACCGCAAUGACUUCACCAUUUCUAAUCAACUAGCCCCAACGGACUCCCGCACGCUAAGAGCGCUUCGCUCACAAGCGGACGAACAAUCUCUGGAAACUCUUGACUUUGUUGAGGUACUCUUUCGCAUGCCUGCUACAACUUGAACAGAAAAGAGAGUUAAUCGGAUCGCACUUGGAGAGUAAAUACAGAGGGGACUCGAUGUUGGAGAAGCGAAACUCUGCUGAACGCAGCAGAGGUGACACGGACACCAGCAACAAGGACAUGGGCUCAACGCCCACAGGCGCAGGCGCAACGGCAGGGCCCGGCGAGGCGGUGGUGGCUGCGGAAGGAAAAGAAGCUUCCAUGCCGCAGGAGGUAAUACGGAAUUCAGCCCCGAACUCUGCCCGGGAUGACGGUUUUGGAGACGACGAGAAGCGGUUAUCCGCGGGCGGUGGUAAUGAGACGAGGUCGCCCUCACCGUCACCUUCGAAUUCGGACUGCGAAUCGCAUCGAGAUGGCGGCAAGAAAGAUGGGCGCAAAGGGGUUAUUGGCGCGACGGUGGGGUUUCUUACGUGGACGCCGCGGAAAAUGCGAUAUGACCCCAAGAAUCCUCCCCAAUUCACGCUCGGUCUCAACUUCUUGUUCGCAGUUGCUGCAACAUUCACCGUCGCCAAUCUCUACUACAACCAGCCGGUGCUCAACCGGAUCGCAGAGACAUUCGAUGUCAGCUUCGAGAGAGCAUCAUCGGUAGCGACGCUGAUGCAAGCCGGGUAUGCAGCGGGGUUACUCUUCAUCUGCCCUCUGGGCGACAUGCUCCGACGACGGCCGUUCAUCUUGGGCCUCAUCUGGGUCACAGCGAUGCUGUGGCUCGGUCUCUGCCUAACAAACUCCUUCCAAGCCUUCCUAGGCCUCUCCUUCAUCGUCGGCGCCACAACAGUAACACCACAACUCAUGCUCCCGUUGGUAGCAGACAUGGCACCCCCCGAACGAAAAGCCAGCUCCCUCUCCAUAACAACAUCAGGCCUAAUGCUCGGCAUGCUCAUCGCGCGUCUUCUCUCGGGCAUCGUGGCAAACUACACCUCCUGGCGCAACAUCUACUGGUUCUCCUUUGGCGCACAGAACCUCCUGCUGGUCCUCCUCUUCUUCUUCGUACCGGAUUACCCAUCGACGAACCCGGAUGGGCUGAACUACUUCCGCGCGCUGUGGACUAUCAUAACGAUGUUGUUUACGGAGCCGAUACUGGUGCAGGCUUGUCUGAUUGGGUUCUUUAUUAGUUGUAUCUUUACGUCUUUCUGGACGACGUUGACGUUCUUGUUGGCUUCGCCGCCGUACGAGUAUCCCUCUAUUACGAUCGGGUUGUUUUCGCUGAUUGGAAUUGCGGCGAUUUGUGGUGGGCCGGUGUAUGGGCGGUUGAUCAUGGAUCGAUAUGUGCCGUGGCUGUCUUCUGUGCUUGGGCAGACUGUCAUCUUGAUCGGGUGCAUCAUUGGUGCUUUCACGGGCACCUUCACCGUUGCUGGGCCUGUGAUCCAGGCGAUUUGCAUAGAUAUGGGUAUUCAGACUGCGCAGACUGCGAACCGGACUGCCAUCUAUACCAUCAAUCCCAAGGCCAGGAACCGGGUGAACACAGCGUAUAUGGUGUGCGUGUUCUGCGGGCAGUUGACGGGUACGGCGGUGGGCAACAGGCUGUAUGCGCAAGGCGGGUGGAAGUACAGCGCAGGCACCUCAAUCGGCUUCAUCGGGUUGUCGUUGAUCAUCACCAUGCUCAAGGGUCCACAGGAGAAGAGCUGGAUCGGCUGGAGCGGCGGCUCCAAGCUGCGCAAAGACGCACCGAAACCACAACCGGCCUCACCCGAAGAAGCACAGGGGCCGGUGGAGGGGUCAGUGGAGAAGAGGACGGAUAUCGGCGCCGGUGGUGAGGAGAAUCGGCGGUGACAGGGCCGAUGUGUGGAGGAGCGGACCGGGGGUUGAAGCUAUUCGGUGGUUGGGCCGUGCCGCGCUGCCGGAACAGGUGUCCCCCAUGGUUCCGGGAGAAGCUAACCGUUCUAGAUUAGCGAAAAGAAACUGUGAUGCGUGGCUUAGCGAAACUUGAUGUAUUUAUUGGUGUACUCAAUGACUUGAAACUAAGAUGGAGAAGCUUAAUC